AGUGUUGACAUUUAUUUAUUGUUUGAAUAACACCACUACGAAGAAAAAUAAUUCGUACGCCUUGUUUGGCUCGGCUGUCUACAGAUUACGUUGUUUCACCGGAUCUCCCAACCCAGCCGAGUCAACACGGACUCGUCUCGUCUCAAAACCCCCGGAACACUCCCAAUUUCAAUCACAAUCCCUGAACUCGAUUCAUUUACACCUAAUAUAAUUAAAAGUAUUUAGUUUAAAAUGUCGUCGGAGAUCGAGGUCGUCGACGAGAUUGGAUCGCGAGAUGCGCCGGCGGAGACGACGGAAGCUGCGUCGACUUCGGCUAAUGGCACAGUAAUCGAGGACGAUAAGUUGAGAAACGACGUCUACACGGCGGCGGCGUACGGUGACAUGGAGAAGCUACAGAGAUUGGUUGAAAUUGAAGGCUGCUCUGUUUCUCAGCCGGAUGGGCUGGGCUACUUCGCUCUGCAGUGGGCUUCGCUGAAUAACCGGCCCGUUGCUGCUCAGUAUAUUUUAGAGCAUGGCGGAGAUGUGAAUGCGGUGGAUCAUACAGGCCAAACAGCAUUGCACUGGAGUUCGGUGAGGGGUUCUGUUCAGGUUGCGGAGCUCUUGUUACAAGAGGGCGCUCGUGUCAAUGCCACUGAUAUGAAUGGAUACCAGGCAACACAUGUUGCAGCACAAUACGGUCAAACAGCAUUCCUUUAUCACAUUGUUACAAAGUGGAAUGCGGAUCCUGAUGUUCCUGAUAAUGAUGGAAGAAGCCCUUUGCAUUGGGCUGCAUAUAAAGGGUUUGCUGAUUGUAUACGCCUUCUUCUAUUUCUGGAUGCAUAUAGAGGACGCCAGGACAAAGAGGGCUGUACACCCCUUCAUUGGGCUGCUAUAAGGGGGAACCUUGAAGCAUGCACGGUAUUAGUACAGGCUGGAAAGAAGGAGGAUUUGGUUGUGACUGAUAACACUGGCCUUACACCAGCACAACUUGCUUCCGAUAAGAAUCACAAGCAAGUUGCCUUUUUCCUUGGCAACGCAAGGAGGUUGCUUGAUAAGCGUUGGGAUGGAAAUACUCGCCUUGGACAACUUUCUAAAUUAGGACUUGCGCCAGUACUUUGGUGUAUGAUCUUCGUGCUACUUGUAAUGUAUGUUCAUUCAGUAAUAAUGGUUUCAAAUCUACCAAAGUUGACCGCAGGCAUUGGCCUACUUGCAUGGUUGGGCGUGUUCUUAGCAAGUUCUGGUUUAAUUUUCUUCUAUAGGUGUAGCAGCAAAGAUCCAGGUUAUAUCAGAAUGAAUAUGCAUGGUGCUCCAAACAUGAAGGAUGAUGAACCUUUGGUAAAGAUUGAAAUUGGCAAUCCUGCUUUGCUGGCUGGCAAUUGGUCUUUGCUCUGUCCAACUUGCAAGAUUGUCCGUCCUCUUCGUGCAAAGCACUGUUCCACAUGUGAUCGCUGUGUUGAACAGUUUGACCAUCAUUGUCCUUGGGUAUCUAAUUGCAUCGGAAAGAAAAACAAAUGGGAUUUCAUUGCUUUCCUGAUAAUAGAAAAUUUAGCUAUGCUGAUAACUGGUGGAAUUGCUCUUUCAAGACUUUUGACAGAUCCAUUAGGUCCUGCUUCUUUUGGACCAUGGUUGAAACAUGCGUAUCAUCAGCAUAUUGGUGCUGUUGCAUUUCUGAUGUGGGAUUGUUUCCUGUUUUCUGGCGUCACCAUCUUAACUGUUGUACAAGCUUCUCAGGUCUCUCGUAAUAUUACAACAAAUGAGUUAGCGAAUGCAAUGAGAUAUAACUACCUUAGAGGACCGGGUGGCCGAUUUAAAAAUCCAUAUGAUCAUGGUUGCAAGAAAAACUGCUCUGACUUUUUAAUAAAUGGCUACAACGAAGACACCGAGUACAAUGAAGAGUCACCUCAAUCUGAGGAAAUUCAUAUGAUGCAUAUGACCAGAAACUUGAACCUACAAAAUGGGCUGGGUACUCGGUCUGAUCAACCUAAUGGAAAUAGCCACGUAGUUGAUGUGAAUGCCAGUGCAAAUUCUCGGCAUGGACACGUACAUUCCUCGCAUUGUAGCCAUACGGAGAAAAGUGUAAACAGCUCGGUUCCCUUGGGAUUGGGUCUGGGUCUUGGAAGAAACUCUACCCGUUCUGUGGCAGCUUCAUGAUGUACCUUAUAGAUUGGAAAUCCCAUAUUGUGUCUGAACUGAUUAUAAGCAAACAUUGGGCAUAUUUUUUGUAAUUUAUUUGGCAUGGUUACCAUUUGGUGGUUUCACUUAGCUCUAGUUAUCCAUGUUGACAGAUCACAGAAGGAUAUCAAUAUUGGGUUUCUUGUUAUCUUUUAGAAAACUUUUGUUUUGUCAAACAGUUUUUUUUGUUA